AAAAACGGCUCCAUCGGAGCAGCAGGUAACCCGAUCGGGGAGCAAGGCGUCGGCCGUUCAGUGGCACUAAAGGGGUUGAAGCCACUUGGCACGGCGCUCGACGACAGCCCUCAUUCACGGCCACACGGGCUCCUAUUCAGCACGCAGAGAACCAUAAACUGCUGCCAUUAUAGUGGCGACCAAAGGGCCCUGCUGCGACCCGACACCCGAUCCGCUCUUUGGCUCCGGCCUCCUUUGUGCCAGGAUUUCAUAUCUGAACUGCCCUCCAUAAAAACGCCCUCCGAGCUGCAGCCAUGGACCUGCCGCUCCGGGAUGGGAAAUAAGCAGAGCAUCUUCACGGCGCAGCAGCUGGACGCCUACCAGGACUGCACCUAUUUCACCAGGAAAGAAAUCCUCAGAUUGUUCUACCGUUACCGGGACCUGGCGCCGCAGCUCGUUCCUCUUGACUACACCAAGCAGCCAGAUGUGAAGCUACCAUAUGAGCUGAUUGGCAGCAUGCCCGAGCUGAAGGACAACCCGUUCCGUCAGAGGAUUGCAGAAGUUUUCUCUGAGGAUGGAGAAGGAAACAUGUCUCUGGACGACUUCCUGGACAUGUUCUCGGUUCUCAGUGAGAUGGCUCCGCGGGACCUGAAGGCCUACUAUGCUUUCAAAAUCUACGACUUCAACAACGACGACUUCAUCUGCAAGUCGGACCUAGAGAAGACUCUGAACAAGCUGACCCGCAGCGAGCUGACGGAGGACGAGGUGAAGAUGGUCUGUGAGAAGGUGAUGGACGAGGCCGACCUGGACAACGACGGCCGCCUCUCAUUGGAGGACUUCCAGCACAUGAUCGUCAGGGCUCCAGACUUCCUCAGCACCUUCCACAUUAGGAUCUGAGGAGUCUGGUCUGGAAACGUGGAGCAUUUCUGUGUGGAGAGAGCGGGACGUCAUCCUCAACCCCCAUCCGGUCCUGGAGCCACGGUCCGCCGGACGUCAUCCUCAACCCCCAUCCGGUGCUGGAGCCACGGUCCGCCGGCGGUCCCGCGGCCGUCAUUAAUUAUGACUAUCAGCAGCAGAUUUGUUUUGUAUCUGAAGGCGUCGGGUUACACAGAAAUAUAAAGCAGCAGCCGCUCACAAUGGAGCGACGAGGGGAGGGCCGGCGGUCACCAGAGCGGCUCCUGGGGGACAAACGAGCCGGCGGCCUUCAAAGAACACGACGCUCACAACUUUCAUCGUCUUUUAAUAAAGCAAAAGUACAUUUAUCUACA